UUAAAUUCCUUUUAACUAAAAUACGUCUAUGCUGAUUCAAACAGUAUCAUUCCCGCCAUAUUAGUUUUUCCUGUAGAUUAACUUCCUCCGACAGUGAGCCACAUUCUUUUAUAAACAUGGCGCCCACGAAGGGGAAAGGAGGUGACAAAUCUGGUGGUAAAAAGGAAGAAAAGAAGCCGGGCUCGACCCCUUCUGGUUCAACCCCGAAAGCGACCGCGUCUGGUGGAGUGACGAAAGCAGCAAGUGCGUCGAAAGCUACAAAGCCGGCUGCACCAAAGCCUGCAGCAUCUAAGCCGGCGGCUGGUGAUAAACCAACCACACCAAAGGCGGCCGCGGCUAAACCCGCAGCGAAGCCUGCCGCCGCUGCACCUAAAGCAGCUGCAGCGAAACCUGCAGAAAAGAAGCCUGCUGGUGACAAGAAAGCGCCUGAAAAGAAACCUUCCACUGAGAAGAAACCGGCUGAUAAGAAACCCGUUGACAAAAAGGCAGGAGGUGACAAAAAAGCACCUGCUGAUAAGAAGACUUCGGCUGGGAAAAAACCCGCCGAUAAGAAAACUGCUGACAAGAAGCCUGCGGACAAGAAAGCGGCCGCUGCUAAACCUGGUGCUCCUAAAACAAAAACCGCUGCGGCAGCGAAGGCUAAAGCUACCACUGCCACAAAAGCUAAGGCCGCCGGCAAACCUAAGGAAGGUGCCGCGAAGGCGAAAGGAGCAGCGAAACCUGCAGCCAAAGGAGCAGCAGCAGCUGCCGGAAAGAAGAAGGUGAAAGCAGCAGAUAAGGGAAAAUCCUUGGAGAAACCCACUGCCGCAGGUAAACCGAAAAAGAAUGUGCCCGUUAAACAGCAACGCGGUGUUGGUAAAUUCAAGCAAGCAGUCACUAAGGCCCUCAAAGUUCAAAAGAAGGUAAUCAAAGGUCCAAAUGGAAUAAGAGUCAGAAAGAUCCGUACGUCCGUUCAAUUUAGAAGACCGAAAACCUUCUCCGCGCCUAGAAAUCCGAAAUAUCCGAGGAAGUCCGUUCCGCACAGGAGCCGCAUGGACGCUUUUAACAUCAUCAAGUAUCCGCUAACUACGGAAGCGGCGAUGAAGAAAAUCGAAGAUAAUAACACAUUGGUAUUCUUAGUGCACACGCGAUCGAAUAAACAUCAUAUAAAGGCCGCGGUUAAAAAACUGUACGAUAUUAACGUCGCGAAAGUUAACACCCUCAUUAGACCCGACGGUAAAAAGAAGGCGUACGUUCGAUUAGCGCGCGAUUAUGAUGCGCUCGACGUCGCUAAUAAAAUUGGAAUAAUAUAAAAAGCCUUCAAAUUUGUUUUUUGUACUUUUAUUUAUAGUAUGAAUAAAGUUUGAAGAGUU